GAAGACACCUCUUCUACCAACCAAUCCUCUGAGCUCUGGGGAUGGAACCACAUGCAGUUUGCUCACAGAAAAAGCACUCUGCAAACUGUAGUAUCUCUGUCAAAAUUUUCAUAGCUGGUGGACCAUGGAGCUUCUUGUAAAUGUAAGAAAAUGGAUAGAAGAAAACGAAACUGCCUUUUUGCCACCUGUGUGCAAUAAGCUUAUGCAUCGCCAUCAAUUAAACGUGAUGUUUGUUGGAGGGCCAAAUGAAAGGAAGGAUUAUCAUAUUGAAGAAGGAGAAGAGCUGUUUUACCAGGUUAAAGGAAAUAUGUGUUUGAAGAUAAUUGAAAAUGGGAAACAAAAAGACAUUGUCAUCCAAGAAGGGGAGAUGUUCCUCCUACCUGCUAGGAUACCUCAUUCUCCUCAGAGAUACGCAAACACUGUGGGUCUUGUGAUUGAGAGGGAAAGAUUAAAGACAGAAAUUGAUGGGCUCAGAUACUAUGUUGGAGAAUCAACUAAUGUCCUCUUUGAAAAAUGGUUCCACUGUGAAGAUCUCGGCACUCAACUUAUACCAAUAAUUCAAGAGUUUUUCAAUUCAAGACAAUAUCAAACUGGAAAACCAAACCCAGAUGAACUCCUGAAAGAAACACCUUUCCCACUGAAUUCCACUUCUGUUAUGGAGCCAUUUACCUUCCAAAGCUGGUUAAAUGAUCAUCGUGGUGAAAUAAAACAGAAGAAAUCCUUGAGUAUGUUUGGAGAUAACUUUGAAACAGAGGUUAUAGCUUAUGGACCAGGAACAACUGAGAAAAUUAAAAAGAAUUCAGAUAUCUGGAUUUGGCAGCUGGAGGGCACAUCGACUGUUACCAUGGAUGGUAAAACCCUGACUCUAUCUGCUGGUGACAGCCUGCUUGUCCAGGCCCAGUCUACGCACUGCUGGAAGAGAACAGAAGAAUGUGUUGCUCUCUGCAUUGCUCAGGAUCCAAAACGCAAGCAGCCUUAUACCUAGCUCCUGUGCCAGCUGACUUUGAUGAUAACUAAGUUUUAACCUACUUCUCUUAUCUUAAUGAUCUUUUAGUGAGAAUGCCUGGAAAUUUGAAUAGUCUAACACUUAAUUCAGUGUAAUCAUUGUGGAGUCAAGUGCUGUGCCCAGUUAAAACUUCUUCCCCCAAGUAGUUAGUUUCAGCAAAAUCUACAAUCAGUAAUUUUUUAAAAAAAACAAACAGAACAAUCAUUCUUAUCUGAAAGGAAAUGAAAACAGAUCCAAGUAGCAGGAUUACUUAUAUAAUAAUAUAUAUGAUACUAUCUAGAGUAAGUUAAAGGCUUUUUAAAGGCAAGUCUCUACCACAACAUGUAGAAAAGGAGAUAGGACAGAUACUGUCAUGCCUACUGAGGUAAGAGUCUUCAUUUUUUCUGUCUCAGUUUUGUCAUUUGUAAUAAAUUGGGUAUAACAUUAGUUACCCAGCCCACAGUAGAGGAGUUUUAAUUGGCAGUAGCUCACAGGUGUUCUGAGAUAUUUGGCUAAAAGGCCCUUUAAAAAACAAAACAAUCUGCUGCACUCCUUGAGGAUCUCAGUGCUUUGUGAAAGAGAGGAAGGUGCAUUAGUAAAGGGGGAAGCAGCACCCGCAACAGCAUCAAGCAUUACUUAGAUCACCACUGUACUUCCUUCAGGUAACUUACUAUCAGUUUACCAAAUCCGGCAAAGCAGUAUCAAUCACAGUUAUCAGUAACAUGCCACACAUACCGUGCUGGAUGCUGUCUAUACAAUAUACUAUCAACAACACAGCACUGCACUAUGACUUAACACAGGAGCAUCGAGGUCAUGGGUGUUCCUGUGCAGCAGAAAUCUCAAGUCAAAGUAGCCUAAGAAGUGUGUUGUGGAACAAGGGAGCAGAAAAAUUAUUAUAAUUAGUUUCUACUAAGAGCUGCUUCUUUUUGAACGAUGAGGUUUCUUGCAGAAAUAACAAGUGUCAAAUUAUCUUUUGCUGCUUUUAUUCCAGGAACUCUCCAGAGGGGGUUUGGUUUGGUUUGGUUUUUUUAAUUGUCCUUCACAUAAUUAACAUCAGAAAACAGGUUGCUUAAAUGUCUGCAGGUAUUAUCAAUUACACAUUUGAGAAAGCAAAAAGUUACCAUUUGUUGAUUUUUUUUUGUAAUUCUAAUUAAGUUCAGAAAAUAUUUCUUUAAAAUAUCUAUCACCUACAAAGCUCAUUAAACUGAGAUGUCAUAUGUGUUUUA